AUGUCCGAGCGUAAGAUCAUUUAUUACACCUUCGACAGUCCAGAAAGUUGGCAAAAUCAUAAUAAGAAAGUGACGGAAAUCAUCCAGGGGGAUACUAAUAUUGACAAUUGGAUUUGCAAUAGAGCACUGCCUCCCGCAUGCCACCCUCCGUUGACCCCUGACAACAGCGGCAAUCGAAAAGUUGAAGGCACUUGA